AUGAUGAUUAGAAUGAUCAUAAGUUUGCUAGUAUUAAUGAUGUUAACUUUAGUAGAAGGUUAAAAAGUGUAUUUAUAUUUAGCCAUGGUGGAUUCAUCAAGAGACACAACAAGAGAUGCAGUUGUAAUUCUAUCAGUUUCAAGUGUUUUGGGCAUAGAGAAAUAGAGUGCAGUAGGAUCAAUGAUGGGAGGGACGACAUUAUAUUUAAAAGUUAUAAUAUCAUUAUAUAUUUAGGUAUAAGGAUUAGACUAGACUGCAAGUAACAAUGCAGUAUAUAUUGGAAAGUAUCCUUGCUUAAUUUCAGAUAAAGGUGUUAACGGAUUGUUCAUGAAUUGCAAAACAACAAAACCAGAUGCAGAUGACCAUAACUUAUCAGCUCUAAAAAUAGUUAUUAAAGUAUUGGAUAAGCCAGACUCGGUUUGUACUUACGGUAAUGGGUAUUGUAGGUUUACUUAUUCUCAGAAUUUGACACCAAAAUUAUUUUAUGUGACUCCAAGAUCAAAUUUUCCAAGGAGUCUAAGUUAUUGGAGAGCUAAGUGGACAGUGACUAGUAAUGCGGUAGAGUAUUUAGAAGGAUAAUUUAUGGAUGCUAAUAGAUGUGAUAGAUUCACAGUUUAAGAUCUGUAUCCAAAAGAAAUAAAUUCUUUAGAUGAUGGAGUAGUUUGUUAAAUUUCAGCUGAAAUUAAAGCUGGAUACUAUGGAUAUACAAUAAAAUCAUAGAGAGGAUAUCAAACAAAUGAUAAUGGAGUAAAAUAAAAGAGAAUCCUUUCAGAUAGAACAUACGACUCAAAGUAAUUAAAUAAUGUAAAUAUUUAAGAGUGAUUCCAUUGAUUACAAGUAUCAAUACAAACUAUGCAUCACCAGAAGGAUAAAUACUAGAGAUUAUUGGUUUUGGUUUUAGUCCGAUAUUUAAUGAGAAUUCUGUUAAAAUCUCAGGAUAAUCUGAAAACAUUAAAGUGUUAUCUUCUUCAUCUACAAACAUUAUUGUAAAGAUACCUAAAUUGAUCAAUUUACCAAAAUUAGAAGAUGCAACAGAGAAUUCUUUUUUUAUUCAAGGUAGUGGAUUACAUUACACUAGAUGGGAUGUAUCUGGUUUAAAUCUUAAUUGCCCAUCAUUUAGAUAAUAAAUUAUUAUUAAUAAAGCUACUUUAGAUAGUAGAAUCAAAUUCGAUGGAAUCUAUCCUGAACCUGAUAUCUAUAAUGUUUUUGGAGAAAAUUAUGGAUAAUAUUUGAGAGGGUUCUUGAAAGCCCCUUUUACAGGGAAUUAUAAAUUUUACAUUUCUUCAGAUAAUUGUGCUAAUUUCUAUAUCUAAACAUCUGAAACUUAAAAGCCAAUUAGGCCUGAUAAUCCAGUCGCAUCAAGCAAUUGGAAUCCAUAUAAAAACUAUUGGUAUGAAUACUUGAAUUCCUAAUAAUAAAUCAAAACAAUAUCUGAGACUAUCAGUUUACAAGAAGGUUAAAUGUAUUACAUUGAAGUAUAUCACCUCAAUGGUGUUUCUGAAGGUCAUUUAACUCUGUCAAUGGAAUUUGAGAGUGAGAAUAGAAAAUCUAAUUCAUUAAAUAAUUUAUACUAAAUAUCUACAUCCUAUACGCCUCUUAAAGAAGUAAUCGAGUUUUCCCUUUAUAACUCAAAUACAAACUCAUUAUUAACUGGUAAAUAUAGACUUUUAUUUGCUUAUGGAAUUAAGACUUACCCUUAGACAGAUCUUUAUUAUUCCUAUACAACAAUUGAAUUAUAUCCAAAUUCCAAUGCUGAUACAAUGAAAACAGCUAUACAAAAUUGUGGGGCAAAUUAUCUAGUUUCAGUUAUUAGAUAAAAAUUAGAUAAUUAAGGGGUUGAAUUAGAAGAUACAGCAACUGUAUUUGCUGGAUACAAAUAUAAAAUUACAUUUGAUUCUCAUAGAGGAGGAAUACUUUACAGAGCACUUCCAAAAAUAACAGCAUCUACUCUUAAUGGAGGAGUGGUUGAAUCAAAGAUAGAAUGUAUUUAGAUUCCUUUAGAUCCAAUUAGUGGCACAUUUUAAUUAAUGAUGACUAUUAAUGGUCAAGAUAAUUUAUUUUAAGCAUCUGAUAAUAACUAUGAUUUGAAUUAUAAUGUAGCUAGUUCAAUAAUAGCUGAUAAUAUUGAAAGACUGACAGGUUAAAGACCUUUUGUGUGGACAACUGGAAGAGCAUAAGAUGGAUGGACAUGGUUUAUUAAACUUAGAUCACAUUUGGAAGGUCUAAGUGAUUUUAGAGUUUCAAGUAGUUUAUUAACAUCUGGUAAUGGAGAUGUUACUAUUUCACUUACCUAACCAUUACCUAAUAGUAAUAAUUUGUUAUUUGAGCCAAUUCCUAAUGAAUUAUUAUUCACUUACAGCCAACAUCCAUAAGUUUAAGUUGAGGUUCAAUAUUAACAUAAAGAAGGAGAUACUGUAAUUGAAUCUGAAUAAAUUCUUGCUGGAUGUGCAUAAUAGUCUGUUUGUGAUUUAACCUUGAGUGAUGAAAAAACACCUACUUUAACAGCUUACUAAGUUUCUGGUUCUAUUUUAACGAUUACCAUUCAGUAAGGAAUUGAUUUAACUUUAAAUUCAAAUAAUCUUUAAAUUCAAUAUUUAGGAGCAGAUUGCAAUAAUAUUUAAAUUACUAAUUAGGUCUCUCCUUAUACUAUAACAUGUGAUUUAGAGUAGUAGAAUUAAUAAAUUAUAAAAGAAGCAGGAGAUGGAUAAUUACCAAUUGUUCAUCAUUCAGAUAUUGGGUAUUCUAAAAUAGAUUAAAAUUUAUAAGGAUAAAAUAUAGAUUUAAAUAUAAUCUCAAUAUCACCUAAUAUGGGAUCACCAGAUGGUGGUACAACUAUUACAUUAUCUGGUACUGGUUUUCCUAAAAACUUGGACAGAGAAUUCAUAUUUUAGAUUGAUGGUUAAGAUGUUAAAAUAUUAUCAAUUUCAAAUAGUGAAUUAAUAUUCAUAACCCCAAAAAAGAUUAUUGGUGGAACAGGAGCUAUUUCUCUUAGGUUUAACUAAAAAACAGCAUCAAGUUCUUUAACUUAUGAUGAUUCAUUAAGACUCUAAGUUACAGCUUUGGAAUUUUAAUAAAAAUCUCCAAUAUUUAGAGGAGAAAUGACAAUUACAGGAGUUAAUUUUGGAAUAGUCAAGGAAGAUGUUAAAGUAACUUUAGUUGGAAACAAAUCUUAUAAUGCUAAAGUAUUAUUAAUAACUGAUACUUAAAUUAUAGUUUAUUUGAGAGGAGGUAUGCCUGGUAAUUAUAGAGUUAUUGUUACAAAAAAGAAUUUUGGUAAUUCAUAUUCAAAUAAUGAUGAUAAUUUAUUUAAAUACAUAAUUCCAAUAUAUAGUGUAACUUUAGAAGAUGGAAGUAGUUAAGCCUAAGGUUCUGAAGCAGGAGGAACUGUUAUUAAAAUUACUGGAUCCAAUUUUGUUAAAGGUGAAACUCUUGUUUUUAUUGGUCAAGCUGUUAAUUGGUUAUGUGAAAUAGAUGAAAGUAGAUUUACAACAGAAAUUAUAUAUUGUACUGUUCCUGCUAAAAAUUAAUUUUAUAAUUAAGAACCCUAAUUAGUAUUAGUAACCCUUUAAAUAACACUUGAAUCAACCUGCCUUGAUACAACCAAUAAUUGUUAAUUUAUAUAUGAUUCUUAAUUGACUCCUAAACUAGAUGCUUAUCCUGAAUUAGUUACAUAAUCUGCAGGAUCAAGACUAUUAACAGAAAUUGAUCAUACAAAACCAGAUUAUCAAAAAUUAAUUUCAAGAAAGAGAUUCUUAUGGACAGAAGAAUCAAAGAAGUAAGGCAAUAAUCAUAUUUUAAAUGUUGGUAAAUCUCCAAGAAGAAAUCUGCUAUCAUCAUCAGAUUUAGUAUUGAGUCAAUAAAAAAUAUAUAAGCCAGGAGAUACAGAAACAUUAACUGGAACAGGUUUGACUUUGAUUGUUAAAGUUGUUUUCCAAGGUCCUAUUACAGAAACAGUAACAGCAUCUCUUAAUGGUGGUUCUUUCACUUAUACUAUUCCAAAUCUACCACAAGGAUAUUAUUCUACUUACAUUUUAACUUAAAAUGGAUAUGCUGAUAAAAUCUGGAUUAGUAUUAUUGAAUUAACUAUUACCUCCAUUGAAAAUGCUGCCAUUGGAGGAUAAAUAUUAUAAAUUAAUGGUGCAGGCUUUAAUGCUAAACAAUCUCCUAUUGUAAAAAUCGGAUCAACUAUUUGCACAGAAUUGUAAGCGAUCUCAACUAUACUACUUUAAUGUAGGAUGUCAAAAUAAUCAAGUACUUCUGCAACUGUAAUAUUGUCAUAAUUACCAUCUGAAAAUAGUUCUCCUGAUCCUUACAUUGUUGAAUUUCCUUUGACCAUCAAGUCAUCUUCUAAUUCUCCAACUAUCACUUCUAUUAGUGGUGCCAAUUAUGAUAAUGUUUAAAAGGCUUAUAAAGUUACAGCUGGAGAUAUUAUAUUAGUGUUUACUGGUACUCAACUAAGCGGUACUAAUAUUAUUCCUUCAUUGGAACAUAUGAAUCAUAAAAUUAUAGGCACUAUUUAAGCAUCAUUAGAUACAUCAGUAACAGCUAAAUUUACAAAUGCACCAGUAGGAAUUUAUUCUAUAAACUUAUUAUUGGAUAACAUGUAUGCCUACAUUUCUGAUGUUAAUAAAUAAUAAUUAAUAAUUAGCACAUCUCCUCCAACAACAAACAAUCCAACAAUAUCUUAUGCUGGUGGUGCCACAAUAAUAUUUACAGGAAAUGGCUUUGAUACAACAACCGAAUUCAGCUCAAUAUAGAUUUGUGGAUUUGAUUGCCCAAUAAUAAACUCAUAGUUCACAAGUAUUUCUUGUGAAGCCCCUAAAUUAUUGACAGCUUCUGUAUUAAAUCAAUAUCCUGCGUUAUAAGAGCCUGCUCGAUAUAUUAAAUAAUCAGAAGUUGAUUUAUAUGCUGAUACACCCUCAUAAGUAUAAUCUUUUUUAGAUUUCCAAUAAUCGACAUAUUAUAUAUCAACAGCUUCAAGUAACUGUUAUUUGUAAGUCGAUUUUGGAUCAAAUAAAAGAUUAAAACUUAAAUAAUUGAGAUAUCUUCCAAGAAUCGAUAUAGAUGCAAUUUAUUUGAAAGAUGCUGUUUUUUAAUAUACAAUAGAUGGAACAAAUUGGUAGAAUUUAUUUACAGUAGAUUAAACAGUGCAUACUGGUUGGAAUAUUUAUGUUCCUUAAGGAGAUAUUGCUGGAAUAAAGGAAAUCAGAUUAUUUGAUUCAAGAGGAACAAGUGGUUCAAAAUGUUAAUUGGCUGAAUUGGAGUUAAAAGGUUGGGUUUUAUCAAAUAGUAAUAAUGUUUACUCAAUUCCUACUAUAUGUAAUGCAAAUAUAAAAAUUAAUGGUCAAGUAAUGGGUACAAUAUAAAAUGCUGCUAGUUAUUCAUAAAACAGUGUUCCAAUUGUCAACACAGUAAGUCCUUUAACGGGAAGUUUUAGUGAAUAGGUAGAUGUCACUAUUACUGGUAUAGGAUUUGUGGAUGGAUAAACUACAGUUACUAUUGAUGGAGUGCCUUGUAUUAUUGAAAGCAUUUCUUUAGGGUAAAUAAUCUGUAAGACUGGAGUAAAAGAUUUAGAAUAGACAUAAUUAAAUGGAAUAUUUUAAGUGAGAGUGAAUGGAAAUUUAGCAGUGAAUAAUUAAAAAUUUAUAUAUGCUAAUAAAUGGUCAGAUAUCAAUACUUGGGGAGGCUAUGAAUAUCCUGGAGAUGGUGACUCAAUAAUUGUAAAUGCAGGAUAAACAUUAAUAGUAGAUGUUAGAACGCCUAAGUUAAUGCAGUUAUUAGUUGAAGGCACAUUAACAAUUUCUGAUGAAGUUGAUACAUCUAUUGAUGCUCAUUAUAUCGUUAUAAGAGAAGGCAAAUUCAAUAUUGGAACAGAUUAGGUGGCUCAUUAACAUAAAGUAUAAAUAACUUUAUAUGGUACUGAAGAUGAUACAUAGAUGCCUGAAAUGGGAAAUAAAGUAUUAGGAUGUCAUCAAUGUGAAUUAAUAAUUCAUGGAAAGGAAAGAACUCCUACUUGGACAUUAUUAUCAAAUACAGUUUAAGCUGGAGCUACUUAAAUAAGAGUUGAUGAUCCUGUAGAUUGGUAAGUUGGAGAGUAAAUUGUGAUAACAUCAAGUGAAGUUUAACAUUUAUAAAGUGAAAAAAGAUAUAUUGUUUCAGUGAGUGCAGAUAAGAGAACUUUGAAUCUUGAUUAACCACUUUUAUAUAAACAUUAUUCUGAAAUAGAGACAUAUGGUAAUGAAUAAUUUGAAAUGAAGAUUGAGGUUGGAUUGCUGAGUAGAAAUAUUGUUAUUCAAGGAGAGUAAUCAAGUUUAAAGUAUGGAUAUCAUUUGAUGAUUCAUGGUAGAGCUGAAAAGGGUGCAGUUGGUAAAAUCUCAUAUACUGAAUUCAGAUAUGGGGGUUAACCAAAAAUUAUUGGGAGAUAUCCAGUUCAUUUUCAUCUAAAUGGUGAAGUUGAUAAUUCAUAUGUAAUUGGUAAUUCUAUUCAUGAUUGUUAUGCACGUUGUUUAACUAUUCAUGGAGUUCAUUAUUUAAAAGUUUAAAAGAAUGUAUGUUAUAACACAUUUGGACAUGCCAUAUUUUUAGAAGAUGGUAUUGAAACUAAUAAUGUUAUUGAAGAUAAUCUUGUUGCAGGUACUAAAUAAAGUUGGAUAAUGUUAUAAACAGAUAUUACUGUUUCUACUUAUUGGGUUACUAAUCCAUAAAAUAUAUUAAGAAGAAAUAGAUCUGGAGGUUCUGAAUGGUAUGGAUUUUGGUAUGAAAUUAAAACUCAUCCUGAUGGUCCAUCAGCUACAUCAGAUAUUUGUCCACCAGGUUUAAAUCUUUUAGAAUUUAAAAAUAAUUGGUCUCAUUCAAAUGGUAGAUUUGGACUACGUAUAUUCUAAAUGGCACCUAGAUAAUAUCCUUGUUAGGAACUAGCAAAUUGGACAAAUGAUUAACCAUAUAUUGAUAAUCCAAGUCUAUAAGCGGUUUUUGAAAAAUUCUAUACUUGGAAAAAUAAUGAAUGUGGAAUCUUAGGAGAAGAAUUAGGUAAUAUUUACUUUAAAGAUAUAAUGAUUGCUGAUUCUAAAUUUUCAGGAUUCUAAUCUCAUAGAACAAAUUAUUCUUAUGAGGGAGCUGUUUUAGAUAAUGCUUUGAUUGUAGGAAAAUCUAUUGGCAAUGCAUAACCAGACAAAUAUUACUAAGGAUCUAGAGCUAUUGUUGUACCAAGAACAAAUGGAUUUCUUGCUAAAAAUAUUAGAAUUUAUAAUUUUGGAAUCAAUACUGCAUUAAUAGAAUCUUGUUCUAUGUGUUGGCAUGAUUUUGUAUGGGUUUAAGGUGGUAAGAAUUCUCAUUUUUUAAAUGUAAAAGCAUAUAAUUCUGAUUAAGCUAACAGAAUAUUUUGGUAGAAACAUAGAAGAGAAAUAUUCUGGGAUUUAGAUGGAUCAAUUACAGGUGUUGAUGGAGGAGCCUAUAUAAUACCAUACAAAAAACAUAUUGAUGGCAUUCCAGGAUGUAUUACUCAUCCAGAAGAUUAUUGGGAUAAUUCUAUUAUCUGUGCUAUGAAUCAAGUUACUAUAAGAGAUGUUUUAAUUAAUAAUCCAACACCAGAUUAAGAUUUUAAGGGUGUAGAUCUUAAAAUAUUUAGAUUAGAUAGUACUAAUAUUGCUGAAAAAAUGGAUUAAUCAAUUAAUGAAGAUAAAUACAUAGAAGCUGAAACUAUGAUGAUUAUUAAAGCUGGAAGUGAUGAUGUCCCAAAAUCAUUUGUCAGUAUCUUUGCUACUGGAUUCACUUACAAUAUUCAUUUCAAACUUGGAGCCAGUGAUCCUGUUAGUAUGGGAGUCUUUGCAUCACCAUAUUUUACAGAAACUGAUAAAGCUGUUAUUUUACGUUUUAAUUAUUCUGCUCAUAGGGAAACUUUUGAUGUUAUGAGACAUAUUGAAAAAAUGUUUCCGCUUAACUACAAUUCUUUAACUUAAAUUCCAGAUACUAAUUUGUGCAAUCAAGGUGAUUGGUUUAAUGAUAGAACUAACAAGCUAUUCUUUUUAUGUUUAUCGGGAAAAAACAAAAAAAAAUAUGAAUAUGUUGAAGUUAGAGGAGUAAUUUGCAGAAAGGAAUGCAGCUCAUUAGGAGAUACUAAAUUAGAAGAUGGAUACAGAUAUUGGAGUGAUCCAAAUACUUGGAUUAAUAAUCAAGUACCUAUUGAAGGAGAAAGUCCUAUUGUAUAAGGAUCACAUCAAGUAAUAUUGGAUGUCGAUCCACCGAAAUUAGCUAAUUUAACAAUAUUGGGUACUUUGAUUUUUGAUGAAAGAAGAGCACAUACAAAGUUAGAAGCAGAAAGGAUUUGGAUAAGAUCAGGUAAGUUAUUAGCAGGGAAUGAAAGUCAUCCAUUUCCAGGUAAAAUUACUAUAAUACUGAAUGGAGAGUUUGGAGACAACCCAUUAGUAAUUGAUGCAAAUUUAGAUGUAGGAAACAAAGUUUUGGCAGUUACAAGAGGAUUAGAAUUAUAUUCAACACCUCCAGAAACUGUAUGGACAAGAUUAGCUGCUUAUGCUGAUGCUGGAAGUACUGAAAUUUAGGUAGUAGAAUGCGGAGGUUGGGGUGUAGGUGAUGAAAUUGUAUUUGGACCAUCAGGGUCAAAUCCUGAUUAACGGGAGAAAAGAAUAAUAUAGAGUAUUUAAGGAUGUGUUAUCACAUUGAAUAUUGCAUUAGAAUUUGAUCAUUAUGGAGCUCCUUAAGUGACAGUAGAUAAACCAGGAGUUGGUUAAUUAGAUAUGAGAGCAGUAGUUGGCCAUUUAAGUAGAAAGAUUAAGAUUGAAGGAGGACCUAGUGUUCAUGGUUUAGGAUGCAGAGUUUUGAUUUAUUAGUUUGAAGAACCUGAAGCUAAUUUAGGGUUUCCAAGAAGAGGUUACACAAUAUUACAUGGAGUAGAAUUCAAUAACUGUGGUUAAUUUGAUACUUAAAGAAGUGGAUUAGAUUUUAGAAAUCUUAACAGUGAUAUUAUAAAGACAUCUAGUGAGGUUAUUGGAUGCUCAUUUCAUGAUACUACAGGAAUGUUAAUGACAAUAUAAAAUUCAAAAUACAUAACGAUUAAGAAUAAUAUCUUUUUCAAUGCAAUAAAAGCCUUGGUUUAGAUUAAUAACAGUUAAUAUGUGAAAUUUUAGAAUAAUGCUAUGAUUUAUGUUAAAAAGAGAAUGGUCUAAGAAUUUGAGGGCGGCAUAGCGAACUGGGCAGUUUUUGGCAAUUUCAUAUACAUGGGUGAAUUAAGACCAACUUAGAUGACUAGAGAUAUUUUAGACAUAUCAGGUAAUGUAGGGUAAGGAUCUUAAGAUACUGGAUUUUUUAUAAUGGGUAGUAAAUGUAGUGAUGCUUAAGUAUCAUCAUUUUAUAAUAAUCAUUGUUCAGGUACUAUAUUAGUCUGCUAUGCUGUUAGAUAGGUUUCCAGUAAAUGUACCUAUUUAUCAGGCUUAUCAGCACAUCACAGUGAAGCAGGUGUGAUGUCUGCAGUUUAAAGUGAACAAGUAGAACUGGAAAACAGUUUAUUUGCAGAAAAUUAUAGAGGAAUUGUAUUAAAACUUGGUUCAUGGAAUUAUUAUGAAAAUAAGAUUAAGCUUAAUAAUAUCUAUAUUUCAGCAUUAAGUAGACCUGAUUGUAUAAAAUGUUAUUCUGCUUCUCUUAAUCCAAAUUGCAAAGGGUCUAUGGGUAUUUAAAUGGGAACUGUAUCCACUACAGCAUUUCCUCCUAUAGAUAAACCAAUAUCUUCAGAAAUGGAUGUUAUAUGUACAUCUUAAAAGAUUGAUCUUGAAGUUUACUUAACAAAUGUGGAAUUUCAUAAUUUUAGAAUUUCUUAUGAUAAUAUUCCAUAAUGUGGAGAAAAUGCUGCUUUCAGAUAACAUAAAGGAGCACAUGAUAUGUCAGGAUAACAUUAUUUAAUUAAUUCUCCAUGUACAAAUUGUUAAUUUGAUGCACUUUUAUACAAAACAUUAGGAACUGAUCUUACAAAACUAGGAUGGUUUGGCGGAUGUGGUUCAUUUGGUUGUUCAGGAUUAAUAAACUUUUUAAUUGAAGAUUAAACAGGACAUUUCUUUGGAUAGAUUGGUCAAGCAAUUGGAAAUAAUUCCUAUUUUGGACCAAAUGUUACAUAUUGUGCCAGAUAAGAAUCUUGGAAUGGAUAUUGGUGUCCUGGCAGAUUUAUUACAACUAUCGGAUUUAUGAGUCUAGCUCCUGAUUAUAAGAAGAGAUUGUAUUCACCAAUUAAAUUAACUGAUGGAUCUUUCUUUAAUGAAAUUAACAGCUAAAUGGAAUGGGCUUGGUAAGGAUCAGAACCUUUAAAUUUAAGAGAAUCUAAAUUCGUUGCCCUUAUUACUACAAAUACAAUUAUUAAUAUGACUAAUGCAGGAUUUAAUCCUACUUCAUCAGUAUAUUAAUUAUCUAAAAGAAGAGAAACUGGUAGUCCUGAAGAUUUUAUUAUCUUAAUGUGGCAAUUCUCUGUUCCUCAAUUUAUUUAAGUUUUUGUCAAUGAUAAACCUAUCUAACCGGGUUUAACUACUCAUUCUAAACAUCAUGAUCUUAUGGCUAUGACAAACCAAUGUGGAGCAAAUAAUUAUUUCUAUGAAAAUAGAACUAUUCAUUUUGUUGUCAAUGCAUAACUAGGAUGUAAAGUUAAAAUUGCACUUAAAAAUACACUCUAAAUAUCAACUAAACUUGAAAUAUCAUCAGAUUAAUUCUAUGGUGAUAAAUUCUUAUAAUAUGCUAGAGCAUAAAUUGGUGGUGAUCCUUUCAAUUAUUUUAUUAUCGGCAUAAAAAAACCAACAAGAAGAUUCUUGGAAGAAACAGGUAGCUUUUAAGUCUCUGUUGAAUGGGGUAUUGUUGAUACCUCUGAUAUUGGAACAGAAACAUCUUCUAAUUCAUAAUCUAUAUUAGCAUAAUUUGCAAGUAGAUUAGAGUUUUUCAAUCCUCCUCCAGAAAUUGGUAAGGUCUUAGAAUUAAAUUCUACAAUAACUGUCAUUGAUUAAUUAAAUUUCCCAAGCACUGAACCAACUUCACGUAUAUUUAUUUAAUAUUUUAGCCUCUACUCAAUCUACAGGAACUACAGAAUCUACUCCAAAUAAUCAAAAUGAUGGUAACUCUAAUCAAAAUACAAAUUAAAAUUAACCAACAGGAGGUUCUGAUCAUCAUGAUCCCAAUAAUUCAAAUAAUACAGAUGUAAUAUUUACAAUGGAUGAAACAAUCAAUCAGACAGAAACUGAUAACAACAAUAUAAAUCAUGAAAGUCCUGGAAAAAUUUUAAAAUCUAUUUCCUCAGAUGAAAAACAAUCUAAUACUGUUGUUAUUGUUGUUUCUGUUAUUUGCUCAGUAAUUGGUAUCUCAAUACUAAUUGCAGCUCUUUUAUAUUAUAAAAAAGUUAAAUUAGCUAAAUUAAUUGCUUCUAGAAAUUAAAGAGUUGAAAAUGAAUUUUAUAAAGUCAAUCUAACAGAACAACAAUUACAACCAUAAUGAUUUAUUAUCAAGC